AUGGUGUUGGCCAAAUCAAAAAAUUCGGUGGGGUUGGGGAACAGUUUGAUGAACGAUAGAUUCGGCAAGGGAAAAGGCGCGGAUCGCAAGAAAGUAUCUCACAAUGCUGCUGCUAUUCAGAGAAAGGGCACCGACGGCGAGACCUACAUCACAAACCCUUCCGAGGAGGCAUCAUGGGUGAAGAUGCGCAGUAUCACAGAGCAGGCUGCUCUCGACGAGUUCCUGAGUACAGCCGAACUUGCAGGCACAGAUUUCACAGCCGAAAAGAUGAAUAAUGUCAAGAUCAUACAUCAGGAUCAGAAGAACCCUUACCUCCUUUCAGCCGCGGACGAGAGAAACGCUAUCAGAAAACACCAGAAGAAUCGUGCUCGCUUAACAGUCCCCCGACGUCCCAAGUGGAAUGAAAAAACCACACGCCACGAACUCGAUGCGAUGGAACGAGAAAACUUCCUAGAAUGGAGGAGGGGGCUUGCAGAGCUACAGGAGAGGGAGGCAUGGGCAGAUUAUUUUGAGGAACACAACAUAUCUUACAAGUUCUUUUCCGCUGCUUUAGCGAAGGAGAUUAAUGAGGCGAACGAGCAAAAUGGUAGCGAAGGAUCGGAGGAAGAAGAUGAGGAAGAGGAUGAAGAUGAAGAUGAAGUGGCGCUGGCCGAGCGAACGAGAAAAGCGCGCAUUGAAGAUUCGGAAGAAGACUCAGAAGAAGGUUCAAGUGCUGAAGAGGUCGAGGAUGAAGAUGACUCGGACGAUGACGAUGGUGGUGGUUUACCUCUUCCACAAGAGCCAGGACCAAAGAGAACUGAAAUCAUCACCGUGGGUGAGCUGGAGGCAUUAUUCAUGUCUGCUGCUCCUCCCCGUGAUCCUAACGAUGAGAGAAGCAAGGACGUUACCACCAUUGGUCUUGUCGGAUACCCCAACGUUGCCGGACUCGUGGCCCAGAGGGUUCCGCUUCACUUCCUCGAGGCAGUGUACGGAAUCAAGAUCCCUAUCCGACCCCUUGAGGAGGGAGGGACAGGAACCCCGACCGCAUCAGAGAUUCUUCGCGCAUAUGCCCGUGCUCGUGGAUUUGCGACGACAGGAUUGGGACAGCCAGAUGAAUCUCGCGCCGCAAGAUACGUAUUGAAGGAUUAUGUCAAUGGAAAACUUCUCUUCUGCCAUCCUCCGCCAAGGGACCCUCCUUUCACAGAUACGCAAGAACGUACAGACUAUGAACUGGCGUUCAACGAAGGGUUAUAUGACAUGGCUCAUCUCCCCGCACGAAGGAAGGAGGCGAUGCUAAGAGAGCACGCUGCGGCAUUGGCCGGUAACGGCGAAUCAGUCGAUGGAAUAAAUGAUGAUUUUGAUUUAAAAUCAGACAUCACUACUUCGCAAUCUUCAGCUACCGCACCUGGAUUAAUCCAAGGUGCUCGCUCAAAGAAGCUUGACAAGGGUUUCUUUGGUCCUGGCGGUUCCGGAUCAGCAGGACACCUUAAGAUGCCGUUUAGCUAUAAGUAUACGGAAGUGGGUAAAGAGGCGGGCAAGGUAAAGGAAAUCACCGGUCGCAAGCAGAGGACUCUCAUUGCGUUGGAGAAGAAUAUAGAUGUGUCUGAAGUAAGGGGGCCGGGAAAGAAGCAUUUCAAGGGGAAUAGAAAGGUCAAGACAAGGCAGAAGGGAAACAGCUUUUUGGCAGACGAUGAGUGA